AUGAUCAAGUUGAUCAAUCUCAUCGCCAUCACGGCCGCUGUCACAGCUGCUGCCGGUGAAACGGUUCCUGUUUACUACCUGAUUCGCCACGCAGAAAAGAAUGCAGACGGGACAAUAUCCGCACAGGGCCGGCAGCGCGAGCAGUGCUUGGUGAAGCUUUUCAGCAGGAACAGCAAAUACAACAUCCAGCACAUCAUGGUGCAGACACCGUAUCCAGGAGAUUCUGCCCAAGACCACACCACCCAGCGUCCAUACAACACCACCCUGCCGCUGGCUGAGUCGCUCGGCAUCAGGAUUGACCAUCCUUGCAAUUAUACUGAUACGUCGUGCGCUGGUCAAGCAGCUUUGAGCUACACUGGUCCCGGUAACGUGCUCAUCGCCUGGGAGCACCAACACCUGCCGGCUGUUGCGGAAGCUAUCGGCGGCCAGGACGUGCCAAGUUACCCCGGUGAGAAUGAACCAUACUGGCGCCGACUGUUGGUGUCGCUAACGAGCUGCUAG